GUGAAUAAUUGAAGAGCUCACAUACCAGCACUGCUCUCCUAUUAGUAUUAACCUCUCUUCUUAUAAGUAUUUUUAAUUUUUCAAGAUAUACUAUUAAUUAUACCACUGUUUGAAAAUCUUGUGGAGAAAUGUCUGCCUUGUAUAGAGACUUACUGUUGGAAGUUUUCUUGGGUUACAUUUCACUCUCUCUUUAUCAUGGCUUGGCCCCAAUGCUCUGGUACUUUCCGCUUCAGGUUUUGGAAAUCACUGGCUAUGAAAUCUUUGCUGCUGCUUAUGGCAUACCUUUAAUAUUAAACAUCACAACAGUGUGGAAAUUGGCCAACAACAAGUAUGUCCUUGCCCUUCUCAGGCUAAUCACUCUAGCAAGCAUUGCUUCUUACCAGGCCUCUGGCCCUCUUACCCGACUUGUAACACUGGCUCUUGGUGUAUCUUCAGCUCUGCUUGUUCAAGCUGUCACUUGGUGGUCAGGAAACAAUCAGCAAAGGCUCUGCAGAUUUUGGGGAUUCAUUCUGGGUCAUAUUCUGCAACUUGUAUUAAGGAUCUGGUGCACCUCCCUGAACCCACUGUGGACAUGCAACAUGUUCAAUUCUUUUACACUGGCUCUGGGUACCAUAGUGACUUUGGAGAGGAUAUGUUCAGAUUUUCAAAAGAUACCACAGAUGGAAGAGGAGAUGAAAUCACCAGUGGAAAAGAUCGCGCUUGAUAAUCAGCACAAUUGGCUUGUGAGUGGAGCUGCAUUUGGAAGUCUUCAUUUCCUCAUGCACUGGAUAUUUGGGGAGGUCUCUCUUGUUUCUCGAUGGGCAGUGAGUGGCCACCCAAAUGCUGGACCAGAUCCAAAUCCCUAUGGGGGUGUGAUUUUGGUUGCCCUGGCUAUCGGUGUGAUGUUGUCAUUUUGGGCCUCUGUUGACAACAUUGCCUUUUGGCUAAUCGGAGUAGCAUCAGCAAUUUGUCUCUUUUACCUUCGGAGGGAAGGAGCAUUUGCUGCAGGAACAGUGUUAGCUGUUUAUGCCAUGUCGCUCUGGCCCAACGUAAUUGAACGUCUCGUCAGUUCAGGAGGUCCAGGAAAGGCCUUGGGCACGGCAAUGCUGGUGUAUUUGCUGGAGAUCCUUAGUACGGUGUGGUGUACAGCUUACAACUUCGUACCUGGAGGUGCCAUCACAAGAGAAAAAACUAUGGUGGUUUUGGGAACACUGAUGCAUUUGAUUGGAUUGGGAUUAUUCUUUGGUCAACGGCCUAAAUUAUUCUCAACAGAAAACAGAAAUGUGGCUCUUUUCAAACUAUUGGCAAAGUAUGUCAAACAAUUGCUUUGGCUGUUUGUCGGUGUGGGUCUUUUAGGAUUAGGUCAACGAUUCACAUCGUAUCAGAAGAAAUUACUCAACCCAGCGCUUAUCCCAUCUGUGAAGAGAGAUUUCUCAGCGAUGAUAUGGUCUUACAGAUUUGGAUAUGACAAUCAAGGUUGGCCAAGUUUAGAAAGAUCUGCUGAGCUUAUUGAACAAACAGGUGUUGAUUUAAUUACUAUAUUGGAAAGUGAUGCCUCUAAGCCUUUCCUUGGAAAUAAUGAUCUCACCAUGUGGCUGGGAGAGAAGUUGGGUUUUUACACAGAUUUUGGUCCAAGCACAAAAGAUCACACCUGGGGAAUAAUGGUUUUGUCAAGAUACCCCAUCGUUCAGUCCAAACACCAUCUUCUUCCAUCCCCACAAGGAGAGAUUGCUCCUGCCAUUUCAAUGACUGUUAACAUUUCAGGGAACCUUGUGGAUUUGGUUGUUGCUCACUUUGGCAAUGAUCAGGAUGAUUUAGACAGGAAGUUGCAGGCAGAGUAUAUUUCCAAUAUACUGAAGGAAAUCCCAUACCCUCUUGUAUUUUUGGGUUACAUUACUUCUGCACCUGGAUCCAGAGACUACCAACAGCUUCAAAACAUUGGAAAUGUAAAGGACAUAGAUGAGAGUGAUUCACAUAGAUGGUGCGAGUACAUCAUGUAUCGUGGACUAAUAAGGUUGGGCUAUGCCCGCAUUUCACAUGGUGGCCUAAGUGAUACAGAAGUCCAGCUGGGGAAAUUUCGGAUUCCUGAUGACCAGAAUCAUUAUGAAGAUAAUAACAAGGUUGAAAUUGAUCCUGAAAAAGUACCUGAAGAAAUUCACUUUAACCCCAGGUUUGGAUCCUUUAAGGUUGGACAUAACCAUGAACACAUUCACCACUUUCAUAUGAACACACCAAAGUACUUCCUUCAUCAGAAUGAAAAAGGGAAAAAAUAAAAUACACAUAUGAUUGCACUAAUAGUUACAGGAAUCUGUUUGAUACACAUUUAAUACUUCUGUAUAUGAGCAAAGUUGUAUAACUCUUUAUUAAGAAUCUUCCUGUGCGUUGGCAGGAACUUUAAAAACCAUGUACAAGGCCAAUGUUUUAUAAUACAAUCUACAGCAUUUAUUACUAAAUUAUGAGAGUUUGCAGACCACUUUCAUAACAAUCUAUGUUAUUGAUCAUUCAUUGCUACCUAUUAUGUCCCACAUACCUUUCAAAUACCUCUAAUUGUAUUUUUUUUCUGAUAUACACAAACUGAAAACCUACAGACGAAAACAAAAUAAAAAACCAUACAUAACCGGUUAUAAAAUUUCCCUAUUGUUACCUCCAUGAACUUGGAAAUGUUAUAAUCAUGACAGAAAAUGUCCUUUGUCACAGUAUGAGCAGAUAACUGGGAUCUGACAAGGUUGUCUUGACCCAGAAAUGGUGGAAAUAAAUAGUUAUGCUUUUAUAAAGAUGGGUAACCUGCAUUUUAGUUUCAAACACCAUACCAUCAAAGCCCAACAGUCAUUCAGAUGGGUUUCCCUACAGUAUUAUGCUUCUUUACCUUGUUGGAAAACAUAUAGAAAACUCACACUAAAUUACGUAAAUUGUUUUGUACUUUAUUCUUGGUUUUCCAAAGAAAUAUUUGUGGAAAAGGUCUUGGAAAAUGGAAAUUCAAAAUGUCAGUAUGCCUUGCUGAAUAAUACUACAGUAAAAUUCUGAUAACCCCCACCCUCGGGACUUUGGUGUCAGACUAACAGAUUUUCUGGACUAUUGGAUGCUACACCAAUUAAUAUCCCAACACACUUAAAAAAAUUUUAAAUGCAGUGUAAUUUUUUCAGUGAAUCCAGUGACAUAAAGAGAGAAGGAAACUGAGUCCUAGUGAGUUUAAAGGGAUUGGGAAAUAGAAUCCUGUGAGCUUCAGGUUGUAUGUUUUAGCACUCCAUACCCCAGCUCUGGCCACAGAACAACCCACAUUUUUGGUAUUCCUGACCCUGGCUGCACACCCAACCCACAAUCCAGACUCUAGUUCUGGCCAUACAGCUCACUUGCACUGCCUUGGCACAAACUCAGGACUAAUGAGUGAGCCAGAUGUCGAACCAUUGGGAUUUCUGAAUGGCAGAGGAUUAUUAGAGUUUUACUGUAUAUAAAUAGAUAGUAAGUGUAGAAAACAAAAUGGAAUUAAUUAUAAAAUUGGAAUAAUCUUAAUAAGAUAGAUAGAGAAUGGACCACACUGACUUUUCGAAGUAUGGUUGUAAACAAAAAAAGACCUGUAGGAUUGAGGUUUGUACCAGAAAUCUUCUAUAAAAGAGAAUGCUAAGCCUCAGCUUGAUCACUUACUCCAUUUUCGUCAACUGCCAUCCUAAAAAGUAUAUUGGAACAUAGGUGCAAUGUAGAUUCAUUAGGAUCAUUGCAGUUAAUUUUGAAGAAGUAAAUAAUUGAGGUAGUCACUGGAGCAGGAGGUGCCUAAGUAUUCAAAAUGUUGAGAAGUUGAAAGUAAAAUAUUAGUCUCACUGUUCAGUGAAAUUAGUGGUGUAAGGUCAAAACUAGAAUGAAGUGAGAGAUUAGAAGGUUAUUUAUAAAUGGCUACUAAGACAAAAUCACUUGUGGCAUAUCCUUCAGAACUGUGACCUACGCUUUAAAAAUGAGUGCUUUAGCAUUUUCUGAAAAGGAUAUGAAGGGUGCUAUAUAAAUGUAAGUGUUCCUUUUGUAAAGAAUAUGAAAAUUUAAUUUUUGUAGAAUAAUAGCAACAGCCUAAAAUUUGA